AUGCAUCAACUGCUGAAUCUAGAGACAGAAGUAAAAUUUAGAAUAGAAAAACCAUCAAAAUUAAAAGAAUCAAAUAUCAAAAUUAAAGAAGAACCAGAAAUAGAAGAUCAUUCAAAUGACGCUGGAAAUAAACAAGAUGAUCAUUACAAAAAAAGAUUAUCUCCAAUACGAUAUAAAUUAAGAUCAUUACUUUUACCAAUUAUAAGAUAUGAAACUGAAAUAUUAUAUAAUUUACAAUCAAUUUUAAGAAAUCCAAUAUUUGAUUUUUAUUUUGCAUGGACAGCAAAUUUAGCAAGUCAUACAUUUUAUGUAUUAAUGUUACCACCAGCAAAUUGGUUUGGUGGAAGUAAAUUAGCAAGAGAUUUAGUUUAUGUAUUAGGAUUAGGAAUUUAUUUUACUGGAUUUUUAAAAGAUUAUUUUUGUUUACCAAGACCAAGAUCUCCUCCUUUACAUAGAAUUACUAUGUCAAGUUAUACAACUCAAGAAUAUGGCUUUCCUUCUAGUCAUUCUGCUAAUGCUACUGCUGUUACAUUAGUUGUUUUAACUAGUAUUAUAAAUUUAAAAGAAUCCAUAGAACCUUUUACUUAUUAUUCAUUAAUAAUAGGACUUUCAAUAUAUUAUAUUUCAUUAAUAUUUGGUAGAUUAUAUUGUGGAAUGCAUGGAUUUUUAGAUAUCUUUGUGGGAUCAUCAGUUGGGAUAUUAGUAUUUUUAUUUAGAUAUUAUUUAGGAAAAUCAUGGGAUGAUUUAUUAUUAGGUCAUGGAAUGACAUUUGGUAUAUUUGCAAUAAUUGGAAUAUUUUUAUAUUUAAUUCAUAUUUAUUCUGAACCAGUUGAUGAUUGUCCUUGUUUUGAUGAUUCUGUUGCGUUUGUUGGAGUUUUAAUUGGGUUAGAUAUGAGUCAUUUGAUUGCUCGUUCAACUAAACAUUUUUAUAAUUUAAAUACUUUUGGUGAUUAUUAUCUUAUACCAUUUAGUAUAGAACUGGGAUUUUUAAAGAUUGGAUUAAGAUUUAUAACAGGAGUUACAUUAGUUGUCAUAUGGAAAACAAUUUCAAAACCUAUAAUAUUUACAAUUUUACCACCAAUUUAUAAAUUUAUUGGAGUUUAUUUACCAAGAAAAAAUUAUAUUUCAACAGCUCAUACAAGUCAAACUUAUAGAAAUAUUAGAUCAACCUCAAUAUCAAAUGAUGUAUCACAAAUUGGUAAUAUAAAUAAUUUUAUAAAAGGAGUUUCAGAUAGACAAAAAUUAGAUAAUGUUGGACCAAGUAGUGAUAUAGAUUAUUAUGAAAUGAUUGAUUAUAAUAGAUCAAAUGAUUCAACAAAUUCAUCAUUAGAUCCAGAAAAAUAUAAUUUUAAAAGUGGAGUAUUUAAAUAUCGUUAUGAUGUUGAAAUUAUUGGUCGACUAAUUGUAUAUGCUGGAGUUUCAAUGACUGCAAUAUGGGGAUUUUAUUAUGUUUCAAAUUACUUAAAUAUAUAG